CGACAGAUGGAUUUGGUGAGAUUCAUUGUCCUCGCUGCACUGUGUCGCUUUCGUGGAAUGUCCAGCAUCCUUCUGUUCCUCGGGAGUCUCAGCAAAAUGAUUCUACGAGGCCUCAGACAAAGAAAGAACAGCCUUCUUGUUUUACUCCCAAGUGCAUCCUUUGCCAGCGGGUUUAACUGCACUGUGCAGGUCAAAGGCCGAGAUCUUGUUUGGACAACACAAGUCUUCCCUACUUGGUGUACACUCGAAAACCUUCGGGAACAGGGUGACCAAGGUCCACUCGGCUGCAAGACCUCUUCGGUAUUCCUGAGAGUCAGAAGGCCUUUUCCUCUUCUCUUGAUUCCCCAAUGGCCCAUUGCUCGCCGACGUAUUAGCCCACAAUUUUUGCCUCGCCUCUACUGAUCUCUUAAAUAUUUAAUUGUGCGUUGAUUCCUUGUUGACUGCUCACUGUGCCGUCCCCAGCCAGACACCCAGGCUGGUCCUUUUCUUUAGAGGCAACCUGCGAAGCCAUAAGCCGCGAAUCGCUUUCGAGCAGACUAAAAUGGCUCUUGAAGGAAUAUCCCUAGACUAACAUACUCCUGCUCAAUUGAAUCACCUCCCCGGACCAUCCUUGUAUUCGCAACACCUAUCG